AUUUUUGAAGAUUAGUGUAAUAAACAAGAUGGCUCCUAGUCAAACUUUUACUACAGUAACAGAAACUGAAGAAAAUGCAAAAUCUAAAAAACCACCAAUGGAAAUUGUAUGGAAAAAUGUAAUAGCAUUUAUUAUUUUACAUAUUGGAGCUCUUUAUGGUAUUUAUCUUGCAAAUUGGAGAACUUUUACAACUGCAUCAUUAUGGGCAUAUUUAAGCAUUUUGGGAGUAACUGGAGGAUCUCAUAGACUAUGGUCUCAUCGUAGUUACAAAGCAAAGUGGCCUGUUAGAGUAUUUCUUAUGUUCUUUCAAACCAUGGCCAUUCAGAACGAUAUCUACGAAUGGAGCAGAGAUCACAGAGUUCAUCACAAAUAUUCCGAAACAGAUGCGGAUCCACACAAUGCUAAGAGAGGAUUCUUCUUCUCUCAUAUGGGAUGGCUAAUGGUUAAAAAACAUCCGGAAGUAAAAGAGAAAGGGAAAAGUAUUGACAUGAGCGAUCUUCUCAAAGAUCCCGUCGUUGUGUUUCAGAGAAAGUAUUAUUACAUAUUAGUAUUUCUGAUAUCCGUAGUGAUACCAACAAUGGUUCCCAUUCUUUACUGGGGCGAAAGCUUUUGGAGUUCACUUUUUACUCAAUUUUUCAGCCGUUACGUUGUGUCCUUGCAUGGAACAUGGUUGGUAAACAGUGCCGCUCACAUGUGGGGUACUAGACCAUACGAUAGAUUUAUAAAUCCAAGAGAAAGUCCAAUAGUUCAUAUGUUUUCAAUUGGAGAAGGUUUUCAUAAUUAUCAUCACACGUUUCCAUGGGAUUACUGUACCAGUGAGUUCGGAUGGAAAUUAAAUUCAACUGCUCUCUUUAUUGAUUGUAUGGCAUGGUUAGGAUUAGUUUAUGACAGAAAAAGAGCAUCCCCAGAAAUAAUUCAACAGAGAAAAGAAAGAACGGGAGAGAAAUUAUAGCUUUUUUUUUUUUUUAUCUCGAAAAGAA